GCUGCCGAAGCAACCAGCACGUCGCGGCACCUCCUCUGCGGCAGCCGCACCUCGCGCAGUGCCGCAGCGCCCACCCGGGCGGCCGCUGGCUGCUUGCCGCGGCCAGCGCCGUUCUCGUCUUUGCUUUCGUGUGCUGUGGGCUACGCCUGGGUGCCGGGCGGCCAGCACGGCUGCGAGGGCUGCAGAGCCACCGUGCUCUGGACCUGUAUACCACGCGGGAUGGGAUAAGACGCAGUCAUGGUGCGCCGAGAUCGCCUCCGCAGGAUGAGGGAGUGGUGGGUCCAAGUGGGGCUGCUGGCGGUGCCCUUGCUUGCAGCCUAUCUGCAUAUCCCGCCCCCCCAGCUUUCCCCUGCUCUUCACUCAUGGAAGUCUUCUGGCAAGUUUUUCACCUACAAGGGACUGCGCAUCUUCUACCAAGACUCCGUGGGAGUGGUUGGAAGUCCAGAGAUAGUUGUGCUUUUACAUGGCUUUCCAACAUCCAGCUAUGAUUGGUACAAGAUUUGGGAAGGUCUGACCCUGAGGUUUCAUCGAGUGAUUGCCCUUGACUUCUUGGGCUUUGGCUUCAGUGACAAACCAAGACCACAUCACUAUUCCAUAUUUGAGCAGGCCAGCAUUGUGGAGGCACUUUUGAGGCAUCUGGGGCUCCAGAACCGCAGGAUCAACCUUUUGUCUCAUGAUUAUGGUGAUAUCGUUGCUCAGGAGCUGCUCUAUAGGUUCAAGCAGAAUCGAUCUGGUCGGCUUACCAUAAAGAGUCUCUGUUUGUCAAAUGGAGGUAUAUUUCCUGAGACUCACCGUCCUCUUCUUCUCCAAAAGCUUCUCAAAGAUGGAGGCUUGCUGUCACCCAUCCUCACACGACUGAUGAACUUCUUUGUGUUCUCUCGAGGUCUUGCCCCGGCCUUUGGGCCGCACACCCGACCCUCUGAGAGUGAGCUGUGGGACAUGUGGGCAGGGAUUCGCAACAAUGAUGGGAACUUAGUUAUUGACAGUCUCUUACAGUACAUCAAUCAGAGGAAGAAGUUUCGAAGACGCUGGGUAGGAGCUCUUGCCUCUGUAACUAUACCCAUUCAUUUCAUCUAUGGGCCAUUGGAUCCUGUGAACCCCUAUCCAGAGUUUUUGGAGCUGUACAGGAAAACGCUGCCGCGGUCCACAGUGUCGAUUCUGGAUGACCACAUUAGCCACUAUCCACAGCUAGAGGAUCCCAUGGGCUUCUUGAAUGCAUAUAUGGGCUUCAUCAACUCGUUCUGAGCUGGAGAGUAGCUUCCCUGUAUUACCUCCCCUACUCCCUUAUCCGUUGUGUUAUGCCACUUAGGAAGAAAUGCCCAAAAGAGGCCCUGGCCACCAAACACUAUUCUUUCGCAGAAGUUCA